CGCCACGCCGCGAGCCUCCCGGAAGUGGGGCUCCGGGGAAGCGUCACCGACCUUCGCGCGGGGGUGGGAGGGCCGGCUGCUUCGGGGAGGCGGCGGGAGCUAGGGCCCCGAUGCCCGCCGGCAGAGCCUGGGAUGGCUUCGGCUGGAGGCGGCGACUGCGAGGGCGCGGCGCCGGAGGCGGACCGUCCUCACCAGCGGCCCUUCCUGAUCGGGGUGAGCGGCGGCACCGCGAGCGGGAAGUCCACUGUGUGUGAGAAGAUCAUGGAGCUGCUGGGCCAGAACGAAGUGGACCACCGGCAGCGGAAGCUGGUCAUCCUGAGUCAGGACAGGUUCUACAAGGUCCUGACCCCAGAACAGAAGGCCAAGGCACUGAAGGGACAGUACAAUUUCGACCACCCAGAUGCUUUUGAUAACGAUUUGAUGCACAGGACUCUGAAAAACAUCGUGGAGGGCAAAACUGUCGAGGUCCCAACCUAUGAUUUUGUGACCCAUUCAAGGUUAGCAGAGACCACAGUAGUCUACCCCGCAGACGUUGUCCUGUUCGAGGGCAUCCUGGUGUUCUAUAGCCAGGAGGUCCGGGACAUGUUCCACCUGCGCCUCUUCGUGGACACGGACUCUGACGUCAGGCUGUCGAGAAGAGUUCUCCGGGACGUGCACCGCGGGAGGGACCUGGAGCAGAUCCUGACCCAGUACACCACCUUCGUCAAACCAGCCUUCGAGGAGUUCUGCCUGCCGACCAAGAAGUAUGCGGAUGUGAUAAUCCCUCGAGGGGUCGACAACAUGGUGGCCAUCAACCUGAUUGUGCAGCAUAUCCAGGACAUCCUGAGCGGCGACCUUUGCAAAUGGCACCGAGGGGCCAAUGGGCGGAGCUACAAGAGGACAUUUCCUGAGCCGGGAAACCGUCCCGGGGUGCUGACCUCUGGCAAGCGAUCGCACUUGGAGUCCAGCAGCAGACCCCACUGAGGAGCGGGGUGCUCAGCCUCCUGGGCAGACCCCUGACAUACCGUGUUCAGGGUUGG